AUGAACACUAACACUGAACCUAUGAGAGAUCCAGCCACGGAAGAGCAAACGAAUGUUCAACCCUCGAACAGCAAGCACCCGGGAGUAGAUGACCAUGUCGCCUUGGUAGAAAGAGGACUGAUUGAACUACAGAGUGAAGCUGAGAGUAGCGAGGAUCUCGCACGCCGCACACUUGUUGGUAAAGCCAUCACAGACAAGACACUAAACAAAACGACGAUGAAAACGAUACUUGACAAGGCCUGGGGAUCUCCUCCAGGGCUGCAAAUGAUAGAUAUGGGCCCUAACUGCCUCCUCUUCACCUUUCAAGAGGAAAGCACAGCACAAUACAUCCUAAAGGAAGGACCUUGGAGUGUUAUGGGGAACCUUCUCAGCUUACAGCUAUGGGCACCGCAAAUGACUAUCUUUGAAGUGAGAUUCCAUAGAAUCCCCUUUUGGGUUCAGCUUCAUGGAAUCCCUCUAGACAUGAUGACAACUAGCAAUGCUACAGGCAUAGCCUCGAUCCUGGGAGAACCUCUAGAAGUGGAAGACCCUAGGGUGGGGGGAAAGCUCCUCAGGCCUUUCUUUAGGGUUAAAGUUAGCAUAAACACAAAUAACCCUUUCGUAACAGGGUUCUGGGUACCGAGGAGGAACUUGCCUAAGGUCUGGAUAACUUUGAGGUAUGAAAAACUUCAAGGUUACUGCUAUAAUUGCGGCGUUGCCGGACAUGAGCAAAAGGGCUGCAAAGCCGCCAAGGCAAGAUCCAUGGUCAAUCCAAGCCUACCACGAUACAACCAAGGUCUGGGGGUUCCCCCGGCGAGAAGCCUAACGUCAAUUGCUUCCUCACAAGGAUACAGAGGGUAA